ACCCGGGGCCCGAGGCCGCUCUGUGCGGCACGUGGAGUGGGGGCCUUCUUGCCAACAGCGACCACAGCAACGCGGAGGCACCUCUCGUCCCGAAACCGACCAGAAGGCAAAGUUUUGGAGACAGUGGGUGUGUUUGAGGUGCCAAAACAGAAUGGAAAAUAUGAGACUGGGCAGCUUUUCCUUCAUAGUGUUUUUGGCUACCGAGGUGUCGUCCUGUUUCCCUGGCAGGCCAGACUAUAUGAUCGGGAUGUGGCUUCUGCAACUCCUGAAAAAGCAGAGAACCCAGCGGGCCAUGGCUCCAAGGAGGUGAAAGGCAAAACUCACACUUACUAUCAGGUGCUGAUUGAUGCCCGAGACUGUCCCCAUAUAUCUCAGAGAUCUCAGACAGAAGCUGUGACUUUCUUAGCUAACCAUGACGACAGCCGGGCCCUCUAUGCCAUCCCAGGCCUAGACUAUGUAAGCCACGAAGACAUUCUCCCUUAUACAUCCACCGAUCAAGUUCCCAUCCAGCACGAACUCUUUGAAAGAUUUCUUCUGUAUGACCAGACAAAAGCACCCCCUUUUGUGGCUCGGGAGACACUACGGGCUUGGCAAGAGAAGAAUCAUCCCUGGCUUGAGCUCUCUGAUGUCCAUCGGGAAACAACUGAGAACAUUCGAGUCACUGUUAUCCCUUUCUACAUGGGCAUGAGGGAAGCCCAGAAUUCUCAUGUCUACUGGUGGCGCUACUGUAUUCGCUUGGAGAACCUCGACAGUGAUGUGGUACAGCUCCGGGAGCGACACUGGAGGAUAUUCAGUCUGUCUGGCACCUUGGAGACAGUGCGAGGUCGAGGAGUGGUGGGCAGGGAGCCAGUGUUGUCCAAGGAGCAGCCUGCAUUCCAGUACAGCAGCCACGUCUCCCUUCAAGCUUCCAGUGGGCACAUGUGGGGUACGUUCCGCUUUGAGAGGCCUGAUGGCUCCCAUUUUGAUGUCCGGAUCCCUCCCUUCUCUCUGGAAAGCAAUAAAGAUGAGAAGACACCACCUUCAGGCCUUCACUGGUAGGCCAGCUAAGGCCCUGAGUGCUUGGCUCCUGAAGAACAGCUCUUCUCCCACGAUUGCUGCAGAACUUUCUCCAUCAUGGGCCACAAUAGGUCUCUUAAAUUGUUUGCGCCAUUUGAGUGUAGGGUUCUUUUUUUGGGAGGUGGGGCAUAACUUUCUUCCAGAAGACCCAUGUAGGACUCUUCCAAGUCUGGCCUCCCCCAUAAACCCUGCCGACACUGUGUUCCAGUCAACUUUUCCACGAGGAACUGUGUUCAGCUGUCACAGAACUGGAACAGUUUCCUGGCCUGUCAGGCAGCUGUUUGGAAUGUGAGGUUUGGUCAAUAAACAGUGCACGCUUGG